CCUUGUCGUGACUUGUCUGGCCUGUUUGGCGAAGACCGCAAUGCUGAGGGUGAAGAGAGUGACGAUGUUGUGCUGGCUGGCACUGAGGCUGAGGACGACAACCAGCAGUUGCCCGACCUUGACGUCAAUGAAGAUGACACUCUGGAGCAGCCCCUGGAUUCACCAGGCUACGACAGCGACGAGGAUCAUCCUGAGUACUGGAAUCGCAUGCAGAAGAGCGUCUUUGCUAGCAUGCGCCGCCCCGACAACACCGAAAUCGACUGGCUUCAGAACCCCUAAUCAACUUUACUCCGUCGAGUUUCCCUUGCCGGACCGCUUCUGUUUCUCUGUUCUCGUCAUCUGCAAUAAUCACCAGCGUGGAGGCAUAGAGAACGGGCUUAUAGAAAAAAGAAGUAGACCACCAUUGUCCCCUUUGACUCAGGGAUGGAUGAGCGUGUAAAAUAGGUAAAUCGGCCUAGUAUAGAGAUAUUGAUCUACUC